AUUCGUCCUUCUGUCAAUGUCCACCAUGGCUUCCUCAUCCAAGGGCAAGAUGCCUGCCGCUCCGACGGUCAAGCAUGCCGAUGCAGAGGGGUAUGAGAUGCCUUGGGUCGAGAAAUACAGACCGAUACUUUUAUCUGACAUUGUGGGCAACAGUGAGACGGUGGAGCGUCUCAAAGUCAUUGCGGAGGAUGGUAACGUGCCGCAUAUCAUCUUGUCGGGCAUGCCGGGAAUAGGGAAGACGACAUCGAUUCAUUGUCUGGCUCAUGCUCUGCUAGGCGAUGCUUACAAAGAGGGCGUCCUUGAGCUCAAUGCUUCAGACGAAAGAGGUAUCGACGUUGUUCGAAACAAGAUUAAAAGUUUUGCUCAACGUAAAGUGACUUUACCGGCUGGAAGACACAAGAUCAUCAUAUUGGACGAAGCAGAUUCGAUGACCUCGGGCGCUCAACAGGCAUUACGACGGACUAUGGAGAUUUAUUCCAAUACAACCCGUUUCGCACUCGCUUGCAACAUGUCGAACAAGAUCAUCGAACCCAUUCAAUCAAGAUGCGCUAUCCUGAGGUAUACCAAGCUCAAGGACGCCGAGGUAUUGAAGAGGCUAAAGGAGAUCUGUGAGAUGGAAGGUGUCAAAUCUUCUGAUGAAGGACUCGCCGCCCUCAUCUUUACGGCCGAAGGUGAUAUGCGUCAGGCUAUCAACAACCUGCAAUCUACCUGGUCAGGAUUUGGCUUCGUUUCGCCUGAAAAUGUCUUCAAAAUUUGCGAUCAACCUCAUCCGCUCGUCGUUCAAACAAUGAUCAAACACUGCCAAAAGGGCGAAAUUGACCAAGCGCUCGCUCGAAUCGAUGCGCUGUGGGAUCAAGGAUACAGCGCGGUGGAUAUCGUCGUGACUGUUUUCAGAGUCGUCAAGGGGAUGGAGGAGCUGCCAGAGUACACCAAGUUGGAGUUUAUCAGGGAGAUUGGCUGGACGCACAUGCGGAUUCUGGAAGGCGUGGGCACUCUGGUCCAACUCGGAGCCAUGAUCGCUCGUCUGUGCCGCAUGUCCAUUCCUCCUGAGAUGCUCAAGCUCUGAUGGA